AGUGAUGACAGUGGAUCAAAUGGUUUAGAAUCCAUAUCUGCAACAUCCUAUUAUCCAAUAUAUACCAACCUAUUGUAGGACAUCUGCCGGAUAACAAAGUUUGUGGUGGUCUUGUUCUCUCUUUCUACUCCUCCUCCAACAUGGAAGUACCAGUGAGCUCUAUUGUUACCUCCAUAGCUUUCGUAACUUUGCUAACAUGCGCAUGGAGGGUAGUGAACUGGGUGUGGUUGAGGCCGAAGCAGUUAGAGAAGUGGUUGAGAGAGCAAGGUUUCAAGGGAAAUCCAUACAAAGUGUUGUAUGGAGACACAAAAGAGAUGACGUCAAUGACGAGGGAAUCAAUAUCCAAACCCAUGGACACGGCCUCAGACGAUAUUAUCCCACGCGUCCUACCAUCCCACCAUCAUAGCGUCCAUCUUCAUGGUAAAGAUUACUUUCAAUGGAUGGGCCCAAUACCACGAGUAAACAUUGCAAAUCCUAAACUGAUAAAGGAGAUAUUGUUUAACUAUGAAAUCUUUCAAAAGCCACUGAGAAACCCUCUUGAAAGGUUGCUAGUGAGUGGGGUAGUAACGUUGGAGGGUGACAAAUGGGUUAUGCACAGAAACCUUCUCAAUCCAGCCUUUCAUCUAGAAAAACUAAAGCAUAUGGUUCCUGCUAUGUGCUCAAGUUGUAGUGAGAUGAUAAGCAAAUGGGAAGUGUUAGUCUCAUCAACAAAAGGGUCAUGCGAGGUUGAUGUACGGUCUUAUCUCGAUAAUCUGACAGCUGACGUAAUUUCUCGAACAGCAUUUGGUAGUAAUUAUGAAGAAGGAAAAAGGAUAUUCCAACUCCAAAAAGAACAAAGUAGCCUUUCAAUACAACUCAUGCAAUCAAUUUACAUUCCAGGCUGGAGCAGGUUUCUACCAACAAAGACAAACAUGAGGAUGAAAGCAAUCUAUUGUGAAGUGGGAGAUUUGUUGAGUAAUAUCAUUAAUAAAAGAGAGCGGAUGAUAAAGGAGAAUGAUGGAGAUGAUGACUUAUUAGGAAUACUAUUGAAAACAAAUUUGAAAGAAAUUCAAGAAAAAGGAAACAAGAAGAACAUCACACUGACAACAGAAGAGGUGAUUGAAGAGUGCAAGCUAUUCUACCUUGCUGGGCAAGAGACCACAUCAGCUUUGCUUGUAUGGACAAUGAUCUUGUUGAGUAAGUAUCAAAAGUGGCAAGCUCUAGCUAGAGAAGAGGUUUUGGCAGUGUUUGGAGACAAGAAGCCAGACUCUGAUGGAUUAAAUAAGCUCAAAACUAUGACCAUGAUUCUCUACGAGGUUCUUAGGUUAUACCCACCAGCAGUCAUCCUUAGCCGAACUAUACACAAGAAGACAAAGUUAGGAGAACUUGUUCUACCUCCUGGAGUAGAACUUUUGUUGCCAAUUCUUGCAAUCCAUCAUGACCAUGAAAUUUGGGGCAACGAUGCAACAGAUUUCAAGCCUGAAAGAUUUUCUGAAGGAGUUACAAAGGCAACAAAGGGCCCAGGCGCAUUCAUUCCUUUUAGUGGGGGUCCUCGUAUAUGUAUUGGACAAAACUUCUCAAUGGUGGAAGCAAAAAUAGCCCUAGCAAUGAUUUUACAACGUUUUUCAUUCCAGCUUUCUCCAUCAUACGUGCACGCUCCUGUUCUUUUUUUAACACUCAAUCCCCAACAUGGUGCUCACUUGAUCCUACAAAAAAUCUAGGAUUUGAAUGAUCUUUGUAAUGAUAAUAUGUAAAAUGAGGAUCUUUAUGUAGAGGUUAUCAUAAUUAGUGUAUUAAAACACCUAAUAUUAUCCUGCCAUGUCAUCAUUUUAUCAUAAUAUUUUUUAUAUGCUUCAAAAAUUCAAAUACUAGAUUAACUCCCUCCA